AUGGGCACCAAACGCUCCUGGGAAGGACAGCCUCUCGGUCUGCACCCCAAAUCUGAUGCCACUAUGAGCGCCCACGACUCGACGGGGCCGUCAGUCCAAUCGAUUUUCGAAACUUUCCGCGACGAACUGGACGAGCACCACGAUCGACGUGAGCGGAUCAUCAAGACAAGUCGAGACAUCACAGCCCUCAGCAAGAAGGUCAUCUUCGCCCUCCAACGCGUGCGCACGCUCAACCAACCCCCGCCCAACAAAAUUGCCCAAGAAAACCAGACCCGCUUUGACCAGAUCCGCGCGCUCUUCGAGUCUCUCGUGCCAGAGCUCACGGAAAUCAAGGCGUGGCGGUAUCAGCGCCAAAUCAGCCCGGGCAUCCAGGAGUUCAUCGAAGCGCUCGCGUUCGACCACUACCUACGCACACAGACCCUGAUCAGCCAUGCAGAAGUGACCGCGUGGCUACCGGGCGAGAUUCUCGUUUCCGAGGAGGACUAUUUGAUGGGAUUGUUCGAUCUCACGGGUGAGAUGAUGCGGUUCGCCGUGAUGGCCCUGAGUUCAGGGAACGCGUCGGCCACCACACAGUCAACAUCGACUGCUGGCCCCGAGGCCUCUGAUGCUUCUUCUACGUCAGUCCCCGUGCUUGCGCCCGCACAGGCCGGCAUCGUGGUGGAUCUCCGUACCAUGCGGGCGCGCUUCGAGUCGCUCAGCGUGCCGCGCCGACACAACAUGCUCCGCGACCUCUCCAAAAAGCUGGAGGUGAUGCAGACCAGCGUGGAGAAGGUGGAGCGGGCGGCUUAUGGGAUCCUUGUGCGUGGGAGUGAGCGGCCGAGCGGAUGGACGCCGGAUCUGUCAGUGUCGAUGGAGGUGGAAACCCAUUAG